GCAAACUUUAUCAGGCAGGUGUGGCUCUGCUGCGAGUGCUGCUGUAGGAAUAAACCACCAAACCUCUGCUUUUUACAUCGGACGGUGUUACACUAUUUUUCCGCCGCACCGUAACAGGAACUAUAUUGCAAAGCUAACACAGACACAAUGGAGUCGGUUGUGGUGAACUUGUACAACCAGUUUCAGAGUCUCACAGCCCAGGUGGACGGUUUGAAUGAGGGCAUUGAACCACAGUUUCUCCAGAUGGCAGUAAACUUUGAAGACUGCCGUAAGAAGUGGCUGCGGGCAGGUGAGGAGCUGGUUUCCUGUAAAGAGAUGCUGGCUAAAACAGAGACUGAGAGGGGAGCCCUGGAGGUCAAACUAAAACAUGCUCGGAACCAGGUGGAUGUGGAGAUCCGCCGGCGGCAGAAGGCUGAGGCAGUCUAUGAGAAGCUAGAGCGACAGCUGCAGCUGAUCAGAGAGCUACUGAUUUCAGAGAACAAUGGCAGCAGUAUCCACCUAAGUGAGGAACAGCGCUCAGCCCUGGCCUUCCUUAGUGCCCACUCCCAAGCAGCACAAGCUGCUAAUACCAACCUCAACUCCAGCCGAAGAUUAACUACUAUCGAUGAAUCAGCUUCUUUGCUUUCAGACAUCAGCUAUGACCAAACAGAUGACUCUCUGGACUGGGAUUCCUCUGUGAUGAAGAAUGUGAGACUGCGUAAACGACAGAAACGACGCUCCUCCAGAAAACGUUCUGAAGUUCCCCCACAAGCUGUGAAGAAACCCCGCUCAACUGGAUGUCCUUCAGAUAGGAUUAACGAGUCUAUUGUGGCUAAAACAACAAUCACUGUGCCUGUAAAUGGUGGCGCUGUUGAGGCUGUUUCCACCAUUGAAACUGUUCCCUACUGGACACGCAGCAGAAAGAAGAGUGUUGCUCCACAGUGGGCUGAUACAACCACUACGGACCAAUCUGAGACUGUGAGUGAGGCUCCCAGCACACCAGUCCAAGAUUUUCCAGCCCAACGCCAUACCCCCAGAGCUAACGGAGGAGGAAAGAAGCACCACUUCAACCCCAAAACAGUGAUCAAGUCUGAGUUCUGUGUGCCAUGUGGAAGAAGAACAAAGUUUGGCAAGCUUUAUCUUCGCUGCCAGGAUUGCAGGAUUGUGACCCAUCCCGAGUGUCGUGACCAUUGUCCCCUUCCCUGUAAUCCCACAGCUGUUAGUGCUCCCAUCAAGAACACAGAGGCCACACUGGCUGAUUUUGCUCCAGCUACCUCUCCACAGAUCCCAGCUUUGGUUAUCUACUGCAUUAAGGAGAUUGAACACAGAGGCCUACAUGAGGUUGGCCUGUACAGAGUUUCUGGCCAGGAGCGGCUGGUGAAAGAGCUGAAGGAAAAGCUCAUUAGAGGAAAGACUCUGCCUCCUCUUCACAAAGUGGAAGACAUCAAUGUCAUUACAGGCGUCCUCAAAGACUUCCUCAGAAACCUUCCAGAGCCACUGCUCACCUUCCACCUCAACAAAGCUUUCAUGGCCGCAGCUGAAAUCCAGGAUGAUGGCAACAGUCUCGCCAUGUUGUAUCAGACAAUCAGUGAGCUGCCUCAACCCAACCGAGACACACUGGCUUGCCUGAUGAUCCAUCUGCUGAAAGUGUCUCAAAGUGUGGAUACCAAGAUGGAUGUAAACAACCUAGCCAGGGUGUUUGGUCCCACCCUUGUGGGUCACGCUGUCCCCGAUCCAGACCCUAUGACCAUCCUGCAUGACACCAGUAGACAACCAAGGAUUAUAGAGCGCUUGUUCAGUAUUCCAGAAAGCUACUGGAGCCAGUUUGCCUACCCAGAUAGCUUCGGCAUGGAUAAUGCUCACCACGCUGGCACUCCAAACCAAAAAGUGAGCAUAUUGGGACCAGUGACGACUCCAGAGCACCAGAUGAUGGCCAAAACACCUUCAUCCAGCUCGUUGUCUCAGCGCAUGAUGCAGACCCUGUCCAGCACCACCCUAUUUGGGAGCAAGAGCAAAGCAACAUCUGCCUCAAACCGCCAAGGCAACUUCUUCGCUUCUCCACAGUUGAGGUAAUGGCAAAGAAGGGGAAAGAAUGCACACCCAUAUUGUACUUCUGGGUUACAUACUGCAAUAACAGAAUAUAUAUCUACAUAAUCAUGUGGGAGACACACUGUGCAAUUUUAUUACAGAUUUUUAAAAAAGGUGUUUUAAGAAAACUUUCUAAUCAGAUUUUUUUUCUAUGAAAUAUCACAGAAUUUGAUAGGUUUUAAAAAAAAAAAAAAAUUUUGUGAUUUCCAAUGUUUUAUUAUCGACCAAAAUGGUGGUAACAUCAAUGUGAAUGUGAGAAGUUUGAAGGUUUUAAUGACCAAGCAACCAUUCUAAACUAAUUCGAGGAUCAAUAUCUUCGACCUUGUGUGUAAUGUUGAAAAGAUGUGCAUUCACUGGUGUUUGUCUUUGAACCUGUGGUUGUAACCACAGUGACAGAGAUGCAGCAGCACAUGUGAAAUACACCACUGGAAUGAACAGAGGAGAGAAACUGUAUUUUUGGCCAGUUUUUUGGACUUUGGUUGCCUUGUCAUUGUUCUGAAACAUUUAUUUUUUAUUGAUUUAACAUUUUAUUUCAUAUUUAUGUUGAUGUGCUAUGAUGUUUACUAAUCAUGACAAUUCUAACUUCUGAAGACUUUACCAGUACUACUAUGCAAACACUGAUACUGAUGUGGAAUGUUGUUGCAUUUUGCAUUCUCUGUAAAACUCAGUGUUUUCUACCUUGUAAUGUAAGCCACUAGAGGCUGCUGUUGCACCACUUUUGAUAUGUAAGCCUUUACUAAUAGCGAGCAUAUACGGCAUAUUAUGCACCUUACUAGUAAGAAUUACUGACACUCCUUACAUUAUUACGUAAUAGUAUAAAAGUAGAUCAUUUAAGAAAAAUCUACUCUGCUAACCUAGUACAGUGCAGUCAAAGACUUAGUUAUAUGUGCAUCACAAAAUAAAAUCUGGAGCUGCUUUAAUUUAUUCAUGUGAAAAACUGAUUUGCAUGCACACUCACUUAAGUAUUUGUAAUCACAGUAGCUCUCCUGUACUGUUACACUAUCAGUAUAUAACAGAACUAACUGUUCCUGGAAAACUGUCCCUCUGCUGCUCUCAUCAUAACCUUUGGCAGAUAUUGAUGAUACUGAUUCAGGUAUUAGUUAUUCCAAGUGAGAUGUUCAUGUUGAUGAAAAAUUCAUUCACAGUAUUGACUCACUGAAACAAAAAUCCAGCAAUAUUUAAAGCUGUAAGAUUCCUGCAUUGUUUUCUACCUAUGAUAUAUUCUUGUACAUUUAUUCCUUUUAUAUGAUUGUGUUUCUCUAUUGAAGCAGUUUGAUUGUCUGACUUCCACCAAAGAGCAUGUGGACUGAAUGUACACAUAAGUCCACAGCGAAGCUGGAAAAGAAAAAAAAAUAAAGACUUUCCUUUGUC